UUAUUUUUUAUUUUUUGUUGUUCUUUCUGUUGUUGUGCAUUGAGUUGUCGGAUCUUUACCCCCAUUUCAUCGAAAACUUCAUUGCAUUUCUCUUUCUCACAUAAAACCUGUCCAUGGAUAAAUACCAGAAAAUCGAGAAGCUCGGUGAAGGAACAUAUGGCAUUGUCUACAAGGCCCAGAACCGAGAAACCAACGAUGUAGUGGCCCUCAAGCGCAUUCGUUUAGAUAACGAAGAAGAAGGAGUUCCAUGUACUGCUAUCCGUGAAAUCUCGCUCCUCAAGGAGCUUAAACAAAACAACAUCGUCAGAUUAUAUGAUGUAUUACAUACAGAAAAAAAAUUAACACUCGUCUUUGAGUUCUUGGACUCGGAUCUAAAAAAGUUUUUGGACACCUACAGUGGCGAUAUUGAUGUCUUGACGAUAAAGCAAUUAAUGUACCAACUCUUGAAAGGAAUCGCAUAUUGUCAUGAACAUCGUGUCUUGCAUAGAGAUUUGAAACCACAAAAUCUGCUGAUCAAUAAGAAAGGCGAUCUUAAACUGGGUGACUUUGGACUUGCAAGAGCCUUCGGUAUUCCUGUCAGGAGUUACUCCCACGAGGUCGUGACGCUGUGGUACAGAGCUCCGGAUGUUUUGAUGGGGUCGAAGCAAUAUUCGACAUCAAUUGAUAUCUGGUCUGCAGGAUGUAUCUUUGCAGAGAUGGCUUCUGGACGUCCUUUAUUCCCAGGAUCGUCUGUGAGGGACCAAUUGCUUAAAAUUUUUAAAAUUCUGGGAACGCCAACAGAAGAAACUUGGACAGGUGUAUCAAGGCUACCGGAAUAUCGCCCCGAUUUCCCAGUAUAUAAUCCUAUUCCCCUCGAAAAUUUGGUUCCAAAGUUAGAUGCCGCUGGCAUUGACUUGCUCUCUCGCCUUAUCACAUAUAACCCAGACAAAAGGAUAUCAGCAGAUGCAGCACUUGCUCACCCAUAUUUUGAAGAACUCCGACGACGCGAAGUAACCAGCGGCGGCGGGGGUGGUGGAGACAAGUGAGGCGCUUUUUUCUUGCCUGUGUACAAUCAGCAAGCAUACACUCAAUAUUCACACACACAAAAAGAAGUACAUACACCACCACUAUCAUCAGAAAAGAAAAAGCG